GGCGUAUUCAAAAGCAAUUUUUGCGACGAACUUUCAUACGGAAAAAAACCAAAAGGGAAAUAAAUCUAUAAUCGAGUGAAGAAGCAGCAGCAGCAGCAUAUUUUUUCCAUCCAGCACUGCAAAGCAGAAAACAAUUUCCCAUAGAAUCUAGUUAUUGCAAAAUCUCUCUGCAAAAAAACGCACUUGAAGACAAUUUUAAUUAAGUCUACCAAAAAAAGAAAGAAGAAAAAUAAAGAAAAAAGAAGCAAAAAAAGAACAUUCCACAUUUGCCCAUCAAAGAAAAAAACGAAACUCUUUAAUCUUAAUUGUUUAGCAAUUUCUUUGGACGCGUUGAGGAAUUUGUUGGCGAAAGCAGAGCAUCAUCAUCAUAUGGUGGGCUCUUUGUCAUUUUUACAAUUUGUGGUGUCCUACGCCUACCAUAAACCCAACACAAAAACACCAGUAUACCAGCAAACACCUCCAUCUCCACCUCAACGGAGCAAUCUAGUUAGUUCGUGCAUGAAUUCACAUCGGCGUUAUUUAAGUCAUAGGACUUCAAAAUUUUCUAGUAACAGACAUCGGAAGCUGCAACCUUUUAGAGAAACGUGAGGCAUUCGUCGUUGUUCUAAUGACACAACAUUGCCCUCGGUUUUUCGAAUUUUAAACAAAAGAUCACUAUUUUUAUAAAUUAAUAAAAAUAACACAACAACAACAACAGCAAAUGUAAAGAAAGAAAAUCCAAAAAAAAAAAAAAAUUAAAAAAAAAAAAUAAAAAAUCCAAAAAAAAAAAAAACAAAUCAAAACACAUUACUCCGAAAACCAUAAAAGGAGUUUGUGUCCAAGUUGCAUUGGAAGAAUCCACAUAAAAGAAAAAACGGAAAGAAAAAUCCAGCCAGCUAGCCAGCAAGGAAGGAAGGAAGUUUUCAUAUAAAUUGUCAUUGUCAUUAAAUAAUAGAAAACUCUGGAGUAGAAGAGAAGCAAGCUACCCAUAUAAAAACCAACAACAACAAUUUAUUAUUAUUGCAGCUACAGAAAAAUAGAAAAAAGGCACACCACAGAACCUUGAUAUAUUAAACCCACAACUUCAAGGGAAAAAAUAAAAACCCCCCAAAACAAAAACCCAUAAACAAUACCAAGUUCCAACGCUGAACCCAAUUUGUGUGUAGCCGUAGCCAAAAGCUCAACUUUUUUUUGAAAAAAAGGAAACAAUUACCCCAAAAACGACCGCAACGCCCUCUAUACAAAAAGCAAACUUCAUGAAUUUGCCAACUCUUAUAAAACCAUAUAAUAAAUCAAAAAAUAAACAUUUUAAACCUAGCAAUCAGCAGUUUACCACCACACAGUCGUCAAACUGUUGGACCCCAGAGGAGGACGGAGAAGCAGCAAGUAGCCGCCAACUACCAAACCUUGAAAACGUUUGUUACACUGGCCCAUCCUCUAUGCAACUCCAUGAAAGCCAUCUAAGCUAAGGCGAAAGAUAGACAGCGCGAGAGAGAGAGAAAAAGAGAAAGCACGUGCGAGAGCAAGAUUUGUGUGCGACACGAGAAUUUUUAUUGUGAUUCGGUUUGAUAUUUACAAAACGCUCAAAGCCAAGGGCCAAGUAGAAGAAAGUCAUUGAAUUGUGACAGAUCGAUCAUCAAAUAAGAGGAGAUAUUCAGCCUAGACAUUGAAAGAAAAAAAGAAAACCAAGAGCUAAUUAUUUUGUGUUUCUACGAAAGAGGAAGCUAAGAGCAAGCAAACCAUCAUCAUGGGUACCGUCAAUGUAAACCGCAAUGUCACCGAUAUUUUCUAUCGCUAUAAAAUGCCCCGGAUCCAGGCCAAGGUGGAGGGCAAGGGCAAUGGCAUCAAGACUGUCAUUGUCAAUAUGGCCGAUGUGGCCAGGGCCAUUGGCAGACCGGCCACGUAUCCAACCAAGUACUUUGGCUGUGAAUUGGGUGCCCAGACCCAAUUCGAUCACAAGAAUGAACGCUUCAUUGUAAACGGUUCGCAUGAUGCCGCCAAGCUGCAAGAUCUCUUGGAUGGUUUUAUACGUAAAUUUGUCCUCUGCCCAGAAUGUGAUAAUCCCGAAACUGAUUUAACCGUCUCAAAUCGCAAUCAAACCAUUUCCCAAUCCUGCAAGGCCUGUGGUUUCCAUGGCCUCUUGAAAGUCAAUCACAAGGUUAACACAUUCAUUUUGAAAAAUCCACCCACUAUCAAUCCGGCCGCCCAAGGCUCCUCCCUCACCGAGGGUAAACGUUCGAAACGCGGCAAGGGCAAGAAUGGUGAAAAUGGUGAUGCCAAUGCCUCAAUGAAUAAGAAUUCCGAUAACGAUUCGGAUGGUGGUAAUCAGGCCAGCCAGACAGAGGCCGAGAUCAGUGCUGCAUUGCCGGAGACAAAUGGCGAUGAUGAUGCCGACGAAUGGAGUGUUGAUGUAUCGAAGGAAGCCAUUAGAGCUCGUCUACAAGACCUAACCGAUGGCGCCAAGAGCAUGACCAUUUCCGAUGACUAUGACAAAACCGAAAAGGAACGCAUCGAUAUCUUCUAUGAAAUCGUUAAAAAGAAGUUGAAUGAUGGCAAAUUGGAUGCCGUGGCCGAACACAAGGAUUUGCUCAUCGAAGCCGAACGUUUGGAUAUUGUGCACAAGGCUCCCCUGGUCUUGGCCGAAUUGCUAUUCUCCGAUAAUUUGACUCAAGAUGUGCGCAAACAUCGUGUUUUGUUGUUGCGUUUCACCCACAACAAUCCGAAAGCUCAACGCUAUUUGAUCGGUGGCAUUGAACAGAUUAUUGCCCUGCACAAGGAUAAGUUGAUGCCCAAGGUGGCUGGUAUUUUGAAAUUGUUCUACGAUACGGAUAUUUUGGAUGAAAAAGUCAUCUUGGAUUGGUCGCUGAAGGUUAGCAAGAAAUAUGUGUCCAAGGAUGUGGCUACCGAAAUUCACGAGAAGGCCAAACCAUUUAUACAAUGGCUGAAGGAGGCCGAGGAGGAGGACUCCUCGGAGGAGGAGGACGAAGAAGAUUCAGAGGUGGAAAUUGAAUACAAUGAUAGGGCCCGUGUUGAGCCGCUUAAGGCUGUAACCCAGGUUACCAAGAAGGUUAUUGAGGAGGACGAUGAUGAUGGUGAAGAGAUUGAUAUUGAUGAUAUCUAAAAAAAAAGCAAAAUGGAAGAAAACAACAACAACAACAGCUACAAAAAAUUUUUGCAAAAAACAAAAACACGCAUAUACUUACCACAAUAGCAAAACCCUGUUCUUCUUCUCUACAAAAAAACAACAGAA